GAUGAGUCUGAGAACCAGCCUUAGUGCCACCUUGGUAGGUGUAGUGAUUAAGUACCUUAAGUAGCUCCGUGCAAAAGUUCAACUUAGCGUGGUUUGUUGCGUUCGUUCCACCUCUCAGGAGCCUUUUUGGCUUUGUCUGCAUACAGUGUCUGCGUGUGUGUAUAUGUCUUGUAUCGGUCUGUAUAGACUAUAGACUGUAUAGGCCGUAUAUAGACCCGCAUGGCCUUUGUCAGCAGCAAACCGGGCUCGUUUCUCCAUCAUUAUAUGAGGGUCAGGCCCGCCCUUCUCCGGACUCCCCAGGUCUUGCUCCCACACCUCCAUACGUCCCCUCAAUCUGGUACUAGAUUGAAAAUCCGGAGUCGGUCAAAUUUCACCCCUCAUUUUCGCCGAGGCCAUUUCAGAGUGGUAUUUUUCACAGAGAUCAAAGGGAUCUUUGUUAGAUCUGCCUGCAUAUUCGUGAACCGUCGGGAAGUUCACCACACUGCGUGGCUCCGUUACUAAAUUCCCGGAGCGUGUAAUUCAACAUGGCGGAGGGCACAACGCCAACGUACAUGGGCCUUCAGGGCCGGUCGCUGUCCAUGAUGGUCAGCACGGUAGCCACCACCGGAUUUUUGUUGUUCGGAUACGACCAAGGAGUGAUGAGCGGUAUUAUUGGAUCACCCCAUUUUGCGAAUGUCUUCACAGAAGUCAAAGAUAAUCCGACUAUGCAAGGUCUUGUCACUGCCAUUUACGAGAUCGGUUGCCUUAUAGGCGCCAUAUUCAUUCUCGGAGUCGGCGAUUUACUCGGCAGAAGGAAGGCAAUGAUACUGGGAGGAUUUAUUAUGAUCAUCGGCGCCACAAUUCAAGUGACAUCCUUCCCGAACCACCAACCGCUGGCUCAGUUUAUUAUCGGCAGAGUCGUUACCGGUGUCGGCAACGGUAUCAACACCUCCACUAUUCCCACUUAUCAAGCUGAAUGCAGUAGAACCUCAAACAGAGGUCUGCUCAUCUGCAUUGAAGGCGGUAUCAUCGCUUUCGGUACUGUGAUCGCAUAUUGGAUAGAUUAUGGCUGUAGCUAUGGUAGCGAAGACCUUUCAUGGCGUUUCCCUAUCGCCUUCCAAAUCAUUUUCGGUCUCUUCGUCUGCAUUUCCAUGAUUUUCCUACCCGAAAGUCCGCGUUGGCUCCUCACCCACGAACGAUAUGAGGACGCCGAGCACGUUAUUUCGGCCUUGCGAGGUUACCAGAUUGGCAGCGAGGAGACUCACACAGAACGAGACAUCAUUUUGGACUCCAUCCGUGCCAGCGGUUUCUCCGGCCAGAAGAGCACCCCUGUCAAAGCCCUCUUCACUGGUGGCAAGACUCAGCAUUUCCGACGUAUGUUGCUCGGCUCUAGCAGUCAGCUGAUGCAGCAAAUUGGCGGUUGCAACGCAGUCAUUUACUACUUCCCUAUUCUGUUCGAACAGAGCAUUACCCCGGGCGAUGGAAACAUGGCAUUGCUCAUGGGUGGUGUGAACAUGAUCGUUUAUGCAAUUUUCGCUACAACCUCCUGGUUUAUCAUUGAGCGUGUUGGGCGACGAAAGUUAUUCCUCUACGGAACUGUCGGACAAUGCUUGUCUAUGGUUCUCACCUUCGCUUGUCUUAUUCCCGGUCCUCAUAUUCCUGGUCAAGCCUCGAACGCAGCCAAGGGUGCAGCCGUUGGUCUUUUCACAUACAUUGCCUCAUUUGGCGCCACAUGGCUCCCGCUUCCUUGGUUGUACCCUGCUGAGAUCAACCCGAUCAAGACUCGCGCAAAGGCGAACGCUACUUCAACUUGCACGAACUGGCUCUUCAACUUCCUUAUCGUCAUGGUCACGCCCGUUAUGAUCAGCAACAUCGGUUGGGGCACGUAUCUGUUCUUUGCUGUUGUCAAUGCCUGCUUCUUGCCUAUCAUCUGGUUCUUCUACCCCGAAACAGCCCGACGAUCACUUGAGGAGAUUGAUAUCAUCUUCGCUAAGGGAUUCGUGGAGAAAAAGUCUUACGUGAAAGCUGCGGAGGAGCUACCCUUACUUACUCCUGAGGAGGUCGAGCAAGAAGCGCUUAAGUACGGACUCAUUGAUGUCGCUGCUAGAGGUGCUGCCCGUGCUGCCGGUCCUGCUGGUGUCGUUCAUGAGAAGGCUUUUAGCGAGAAGAGCGGCGAGAAGAGUGAUGAGGCUGGAAGUCGUGAGGAGAUUGAGAACUAAAGAUUCAUUGACUCGUGGUAGUACUUCUAGUUGGUACAAUUAAUACGGCCAACCAUGACUAAAUCCCGGGUGUUUAUAUUAUUUGAUGCUUCAAUCGACGAAGCUCUCUGGGGCUUGAGUUUUCCCUAGACCAAUUCGGAUAGUAGAUUCGGUUAGAUAGACCUGGAUCAGACCAGAACUAGAUUUCAUAGAUCUACACUUACUUAUACGGGGGGUUGCAGUCACUGGAUACCCAUAUUGCUACAACGAAGAAUGUUGAUAGUCAAUACAUUCUUUAUCACACCCUAGAAUACGAUAAGCAGAAUGAUUUUCGAUUGUGAAAUGCGCCGAAUGUAUUAAUAUCAAGGUAGUCAGGGUAAAGCUUUUAUUUCAUUCUUGUUUUUCGAUUUGGGGAGGGAGGAGGGAAAGGGGGGUUCUUCAUUAUCG